UGUCUUUGCUUAGCAUACUGGGCUAAUAUUGAUAUUUUUCGCUAUAAAAGAGACAGUUAUUUAGCUAUUUAAAUAUUAUUUGAGGACUAAAUUUUUUCAGAGCCUUGCAGGACCUCGACUGAUUUGACUUCUAGUGGAUUAAAGUCUUCUAUGUCUAUCUUUGUCUACUCUUAUAUGACAGAGAGCUCACAGAAGCUGUAUUAUGUCCUGACCGUUUGACCUAGGCUAGCAGGACAAUCGCUGACAACACAUUGGGUAACUGCUUUUCACUAUCGCCAAACAGGUAAGGCCAAAGCUUUUCAUACCGGAAGUAAACCCCUGAGGCCGUCAUGGGGGGCAAAGUCAGCUCCAAAAUGGCAGCUCCCACCGCCAGAGUUAUUCAGGCUGUACUGCCGCAUACUCCUCUGAUCAAGUUCCCGAACAGACAGAGCAUACCAAGGCCCAAUGCCCAAGAGGCGUUGAAGAUUUUAACUGCUAACCUUCCACAACACAACGCUCCCAGUUACCCUUCAGCUGCAGCGCCGCCAAGACCUCAUGUACCUUUGACUCCGAUCCCCGGCACGCCAGACACCCUGGCUUCUGUUCAGCUAUUUCCUGCAAGAUACCGCAGGAGACAUCUAACAGUGGAGGAAAUGGACUACAUCCAGCGCGGUGGACCAGAGUAACAUGAAGCAACUCAUUAGCUGCAGCUUCAGUCUUUCCUCUGCUCCUCAGCACAAGAGAACUAACGCCACGAGACACACAGGAUAAAGAAUUGCAUGAAUCUUGUUAAAAUGUACAUAUGUUUAUUUUUAGAUGAUUGCGAUGUAUUUUAAGUUCACACUAAAGGACAUUUCAUUAUAAAAAGGGUUAAAGAGCCAAAACAACGGCCUAGGUUUUGUUUUUUAUAAAACCUUGAUUUCCACCCUCCAUCACUCUGAUUUUUUCUGUUUAAUUUUGACUUGUUAAUAGUAAACAGGCCAUGCCACCGUACUCAUACUUGAUCAUGAAAUCAGUUGCACAGUUGAAAAUGUUCAUUUGUUACUGCAGUAAACUGGUCGGUUAUCUUUGAAGGGAACUUGGAUGAGUCAUCAGUUCUUGAAAUUGUGCUGCGUUCAUACAAACCGCUGGAUUUAAAAUAUUAAAGAAUAUUGAAUUUU